UCUUCUCACCCUUCUUAGGGCAUUUUCUCUCUCCCUCUCCCUCUCCCUCUCUCUCAAAGAAGAGAAAGAAGGACCGAAGAAGGAGAAGGAACUAAAAAGAAGAGAAGAAAUGGCAAUGUCAAGCACCUCCUCUCUCUCAACAAAAGCCCCUUUUCAAACCAACCACUCCUCUAUUUUCCCAUCUUCCAAAACCCACCAACCCUCUCUCCCUCUCCUCCCCACCAAACCCCUCAAGCCCAUCUCAGCCGUCCAUGCUGCUGAUGCCCCCAAGAACCCCAUUGUCGCCGACAAGCCCUCCUCCAAGGUAUCCCCACCGCUGCCGUCAUCCCCAUCGAUCCCCACCAAAUGGGCCGUCGACAGCUGGAAAUCCAAGAAGGCCCUUCAGCUCCCAGAAUACCCUAAUCAGAAUGAUCUCGAUUCCGUUCUCCGGACCUUAGAGGCCUUCCCUCCGAUCGUCUUUGCCGGUGAGGCCCGCCAUCUGGAGGAUCGCCUUGCCGAUGCUGCCAUGGGGAAGGCCUUCCUGCUACAAGGCGGAGACUGCGCCGAGAGCUUCAAGGAAUUCAAUGCCAACAACAUCCGGGACACCUUCCGAAUCCUGCUCCAGAUGGGAGUCGUCCUCAUGUUCGGUGGACAAAUGCCCGUCAUCAAGGUGGGGCGAAUGGCGGGUCAAUUUGCGAAGCCACGAUCUGAUCCGUUCGAGGAGAAGAACGGUGUGAAGCUUCCCAGUUACAGGGGUGACAAUGUCAAUGGCGAUGCCUUUGAUGAGAAGUCCAGAAUUCCUGACCCGCAGCGGAUGAUCCGUGCCUACUGCCAGGCUGCGGCCACGCUCAAUCUCCUGCGGGCCUUCGCCACCGGAGGGUACGCCGCCAUGCAGAGGGUCACUCAGUGGAAUCUUGAUUUCACAGAGCAUAGUGAGCAGGGAGACAGGUACAGGGAGCUGGCUCACCGGGUUGACGAGGCAUUGGGGUUUAUGUCCGCUGCUGGGCUGACAGUGGACCACCCAAUCAUGACCACAACGGAAUUCUGGACUUCUCACGAGUGCCUGCUGUUGCCUUACGAGCAGUCACUCACCAGGGAGGACUCGACAUCGGGGCUGUACUAUGAUUGUUCAGCUCACAUGCUCUGGGUCGGGGAACGCACUCGGCAACUCGACGGGGCCCAUGUUGAGUUCCUCAAAGGUGUUGCCAACCCUCUUGGCAUCAAGGUGAGUGAUAAGAUGAACCCCAACGACCUGGUGAAGCUGAUCGAGAUCUUGAAUCCUCAGAACAAAGCAGGGAGGAUAACUGUGAUUGCUAGGAUGGGAGCGGAGAACAUGAGAGUGAAGCUUCCGCAUCUGAUCAGAGCUGUUCGUCACGCGGGGCAGAUUGUCACCUGGGUCAGCGAUCCCAUGCACGGAAACACCAUCAAGGCUCCUUGUGGUCUCAAAACUCGCCCAUUCGAUGCAAUUCGGGCUGAGGUACGGGCCUUCUUCGAUGUGCACGAGCAAGAAGGGAGCCACCCGGGAGGCGUCCAUCUUGAGAUGACGGGCCAAAAUGUGACGGAGUGCAUUGGGGGGUCCCGGACUGUGACCUUUGAUGACCUGAGCUCACGGUACCACACACACUGCGACCCAAGGCUCAAUGCCUCCCAGUCCCUUGAGCUUGCCUUCAUCAUUGCUGAGCGACUGAGAAAGAGAAGGAUCACAUCGCAGCAGGCCGACCUGCAGUUGGACCCCAUGGCCGCAUUGGGGCUCUAAGGAGAGAAAGUUGCCACCUCUGCUACCCUAUUAUUGGUGUUUUUGGUUUCCUUGUUUGGAGGCUUUUAAAUAUUUAUUAGAACCUUAUCUUUGUUGGGUUUUAUAUUUAUGUUAUGUAUACUCGAAGAAAUGUGGUUGAGAGCUUCGGAGUUUGAAUAAA